AUGAUUGCCGUACUACAGAACCCAGAGGACGCUACCGUCUCAUAUUCUGGGGAGCCACAAGAGAAUGGCCUACUUGGCUCGUAUGGGUCAAAAACCGUGCAUGUUGAGACGACUGAAAUCGCUGCUUCCUCCUCCUCCUCUGAAGCUGCCGAGGACUUUACUGAGGAGCGCCACCGCAAUGAGUCUUCUCUGCAGCAGCCGUUGAACGAAGACCGUCUACACGAUGAAACCGCCGAAAACGGAAACACCGUGUCCGAGACGGACAUUCCCUCUGUAACCGUCUCCAUCACCGAAAGCAGCGAUGAUCCGCUUGUUGAAGCAAAGGAGGCAGUCCCAGUCACAUUCAAACACGAGGGCAAAGAGACCAAGGACGACACCUCAUAUCUCCCAGCCGAGGCCCCCAAAACCGCCCACAGAGAGGAGAGCAGUCCUAUCUCCGAAGAUGAGGCAACAGCAAUUGCUGUCCUGAAAGUCAUCGAGUCCUAUGGGGUGAAUUAUGAAAAGACUGGCGAGUCCUGGCAGGGACUUACCUCGUUCAUUCCCACCGUGGUUGACCAAGUCAAAAAGCGGGAACCUGUUCGGAUGAUCCUACCGGCUUUCCCUUUCAAGUCCCCCAAUGCUCGAGACAAGGUCUUGGGUGUGAUACCAGAUCUCGGAGAAGAGCUGGCGUUAUAUCAUUUGAACGGCCUGUGCGAGAACAUUGGAAGAGUCUACGAACCGGGUGCAGAUGUGUACAUCAGCUCGGAUGGGCUGGUAUACAAUGAUAUUCUGGGAGUACCCGAUGAGACAGUCUGGGAAUAUGGAGAAGCCCUCCGCCGGAUGGCAGUCGAGAAGGAGCUUCGCCAUGUCAAAUUUAUCCGACUGUUUGAGCUUCUCGAACACCCCUGGAUCCCUCUGACCAGCGCUGAGCAAGCCAAGUCAUACUACCUGGCGCAUGCUCAAUGUCUCCGAAGAGAGUUGAUGUACCGAUUCGAAGACCGCAGCUUUGACGCUGAUGCAGCCAUCCGCAAUGAUAAUGAUACCUGCCUCACAUACCGCGGAUACAUCAAGUUCUUGACCAAGGAUCUCGCCCCUCAAAUGGACAUGCAGUAUACAAGCAAAAAGGCAAGAGCAGCUCAUGUUGCCCAGAUUGCCCGUAGCAUGAUCGUCCGCGGAAAGAUGUUUGCUGCUGCCAUCAAGGCCAACCGUGGCGAUUACGUUCGUCUAUCCAUCCACGAGUCCAACGGAGCAAGGAAAUUGUCCAUCUCGCUCGUACCACAGGCCAGAGGGGCCCUUGGGUACACGCCAUGGCAUUCUUCGAUUGCGGUUGGCGCGGACGGCACAUACCGCACGGUUCAUGCCGAGGAUGUGCGUGAGACGCAUGACCUAGUUUACAAGAACGGUCAGCCAUACUACUUCCGCGAGAAAUCCAAGCUCUUUGACUGGGUUGAGGACGGCCUGCGGGUCAAGUUCGAGCACCUCUACCCAUGUGGCCUCAUCAUCCAGCCCAGCGAUAUCGAUGACUCGCGGCCACCUCCAUCGAUCCGCGACCUACCAAUGCACAAAGUCCGCCAGAUCUCCAAUGUACUCUCCCCGGUCGUCCUGCGCGGCUUCCGGGAGACUCUUGAAGAAGAGCUAUAUGUCCAGAAAGCAUCCGAGCUUGGCACCAUCCUACCCUGGAGCUUUGGCAUAAUCCAGAAGGUGCGCGACGCCGGCCGCAACGAUAAGAUGGGCAACAAUGUAACCUCCAACGAGGCGAUGCCCAUGCACUUCGAUGGCAUGUUCAAGUUUGAAGAGGAGACAGACCCAGUCACUGGGGAGGUGAAGCGUGUCCAAAAGCCACCAGGCUACCAGUUCUUUACCUGUCCCGCCACGGCGCCCAAGGGAAGCGGCUACACGCUCUUUGCCAGUUCCCGUCUGUUCUUCCGCUAUCUGCCUUUGCCGUGGACGGCAGAGCGGCUGCAGAAAGCUACUUGGGCCAUGGACAAUGACGGCUUCUGGGAUGCCAAGCUGAAGAAUUUACCCCUGGUUGUGACACACCCUGUGACUGGGCUGCCGUGCAUGCGCUGGCACCAGCCGUGGGAUUCAACCAAGACCAAGUUCUCGACUUGCGCAGUCACAAUCGAGAACGAUGAGCAGAGUCUGGUCUCUGUGAUUGACAACCUGACGUACGACCACCGGGUCUGUCUGCGAUUCUCAUGGGAGAAGGGUGAUCUGCUUGUGAGCGACAACACAGCUAUGCUGCAUACCCGGACAGGGUACAAGACUGAUUGUGAUCGGGAGCUAUGGAGAAUUCACUUUGACUGA